AUGGAUGUCAACGCUCUCUUGCAAUGCUUUUCAGGCACUUUGAAUCAUGAUGCAUCAAUAAGAAGUAAUGCUGAAUCGCAGUUAAAGGAACUAAGCAGGAUUCCUGGAUUUCUCGGGGCAUGUUUGGACAUUAUAUCCUCGCAGGGCGUGCCAGAAAACAUUAAACUGUCUGCUUCAUUGUAUUUCAAAAAUAAGAUUGCUUAUGGAUGGUCCGAGAAGGGACAUGGCAAGAAUGAAUUAUUGGACUACACCAUCGAUAACGAUGAAAAGCCAGUUGUGAAGGAUAUGUUGAUCAAAGCUUUGGUUCAAUGUUCCAGGAAUACUCCUAGUUGUAUCAGAUUGCUUCAGCCGGCGUUGAAUCAGAUUGUAUCUGUUGAAUACUCGCAGAAAAGGUGGGAUAAUUUGUUACUGGAGUCCUUUCAACCUCUAUCUUCUAAUGAUAUCCAUGCGGCGCAUAUUGGUCUUUUGUGUAUUGCAGAGAUCUUCAGAACAUACAGAUGGAAACAGAAUGAUGAUCGGCAGGACUUGGAGCUCCUCAUUGUUCAAUAUUUUCCUGAUUUGUUGAAUUAUGCUACUUCGCAUUUGUUUCAGGAUGGUGCUAAUAUGAAUAAUGCUCUUAUAGGAGAAAUGGUGAAGUUAGUGUUAAAAAUCUACAAAUUUCUUACUUAUAAUGAUUUACCCUUCACCUUGCAACGUUCUGACAGUUUUAUACCUUGGGCAAAUUUUCAUGUAAAAAUCAUCCAGCAGCAAUUGCCUAAGGAACUUUUGUCAUCCACUCAUGAUGAUUCAAUAAAAUCGAACCCAUGGAUUAAAGCUAAAAAGUGGGCUUAUGCAAACCUAUACAGACUAUUCCAGAGGUAUGCUUCUGAGUCGCUAAGCAAGAAGUUUAACUAUACCGAGUUCAAAUCUUUGUACAUCGAGAGAUUUUUACCUCAACUUUUACAGUUGUUGUUCCAACAAAUCGAACAAUGGGGUAACCAUGAUUUAUGGUUAAGUGAAGAAUCGAUUUACUAUAUUUUGGAGUUCAUUGGACAAACCGUUGUUCAAAAGGCUACCUGGCAUAUAGUCAAUCCACAUUAUUCAACUAUCUUAGAACAUGUUAUUUUCCCAUUAUUGUGUCCAAAUGAAACCACUCUAGAGAGUUUUGAGACUGAUCCUCAAGAAUAUAUUAACAGAAACUUGGAAGCUUGGGAUGACAAUUAUUCGCCAGAUUUGGCGGCUAUUUCGCUUUUGGUCACGGCAGUCAGAAAAAGAUAUAAAACUACCUUAGAGCCUACAGUGCGAUUCGUUAAUCAUAUUUUACAAAACAACGCGGCAGACCCUGAUAACAUGUCUCUUGAACAGGCAAUUAGAGUGGAGUCAUGCUUGAGGAUUGUCUCUAGUAUUUUGGAUAGGCUUAUCCACCCCAAGUCUCCAUAUGUGGAGCCAAUGGAAGGUUUCCUACAUGCUUUUGUCUUCCCUCUUUUCAAAAGUAAUUAUGGCUUUUUAAGAGCCCGUGCUUGUGAACUGUGUUCUAAAUUCUAUGAUUAUGAAUUCAAAAAAGAAAAUACCUUACGAAUAAUCUACCAAGGGGUAAUGAGCUGUUUUAACGAAGAAUCUGAUUCAUUACCUGUUAAGUUGCUUGCAGCUCUAGCACUGCAAACUUUUAUACAUGUACCAUUGUUCCAGGAAUCCCUAUCUACUGUGGUCGUCCCUACCAUGCAAAAAUUACUGCAGUUAUCCAAUGAGUUUGAGUCUGAUGCCGUUUCUGGCGUGAUGCAGGAAUUUGUUGAAUCUUUCUCCACUGAAUUGCAACCAUUUGGUGUUGAAUUAAUGAAUAACCUGGUCCAACAGUUUCUGAAGCUCGCUAUUGAGUUUCACGAAGCCUCGAACUUUGACAUCAACGCUUUAAAUGCAAGCGAGCUUCCUGAUGAAAGUGAUAAACAAUUAGCGGCACUUGGUAUUUUGUCCACAACGAUUUCUAUUCUUUUAUCAUUUGAGCACUCCACGGAUAUCGUUAAAAAUUUGGAACAAUCGUUUUAUCCAGCUGCAGAAUUUAUUCUGAAGAACGAUAUCGAGGAUUUUUACCAUGAAGCAUGCGAAUUCGUUGAAAAUUCCACCUUUUUAUUGCGCGACAUUUCUCCUAUUUCUUGGAAGAUUUUAGAAUUGGUAGGCGAAUGCAAUGAUAGGGAGUCUAGUAUGGUUUCUUUUUACUUGGAGGACUUUAUGUUGGCCAUCAACAAUUAUUUAGUCUACGGAAAAAAUGAAUUAAGACAAAAUAGUUUCUAUUCAACCAUUUUGUUCAAGAUUUACAAAAAUGCUAGCUCAAGUGAUGAGAAUGGCCUUGAUGAAUUGAAUGUUUUAAACGAUUUGUCCCAGAAAAUUGUUCUUUCAUUAGGUUCCAAUACUCCGAAAGAAUUUGUUCAGAAUAUUUUGACCGAUGCAGUAAAUUGUUUGAUUUCUGAGAAGGACGCUAUUAAAACACAAGUAGUUUUUGGCGUUACGACUUUCAAUGUCGUUGUGGCAUGCCUAGUUUAUUUUCCAAUCGAAACUUUGCAAUAUUUACGCUCCAGAGAAGUCUCUCAGGUAUUCUUUGAAGUCUGGUUUGGAAACUUCAUUCUGAAUUACAAGAGAGUCUAUGACAUUAAGCUUACCUUAAUGGCGCUGUUAAGCAUGCUUUCUCAUGUUUCUAUUCAAGACUUCUCUUCUUUAGGGUUGGAACCUGUUUUGAUAAAGAUGGGAUCUAUGAUUUCUAUGCUUCUUGAAAAAUAUCCGAAGUCUUUAAGAGAACUAAAGGACAAAAGGACUGAGUUUUCCUCUGAUGCAUUCCAAGUUGGAGAUACUCUAACUGACGGUGAGUGGGAAGAUUACGAUGAUGACGAAAAUGAUCCAGUUCAGGGUAAUCCUUACUUAGAGAUUGCCACGAAAGAAUCAGAAACAUUAAAAUUCAUUAGGGGUGAGAUAGGUGCUUUAGAUGAAGAUUUUGAUGACUUAUAUGAGGAUCCUCUUUCUGGUUCUGUAUUGGAUGACAUAAACAUCUACACCGUAUUCCAAAGCAUCUUUUCCCGUCUACAACAAACAGAUUCUGCAAAAUACCAAGCCAUUCUUGGUCCUAUGACCCAAGAGGAACAAUCGCAUUUAGUACAUGUUCUAAAUUUAUGA